UUAUUGAAUAUAAUUUAAUAAAGAAUAGUGAUAUUAAUUGCAUUGUUAUUACUGUUAUUUAAUUAGUAAUAGUUAAAUAUAAUUAUAAUUGUAGAAAUAAAACUACAAACUGGUAACCCCGUUAAAAAAACGUUCAGUUACAAAUAAAAUAACGACGCCAUAAAACGAGGUUAGAAUCCGUUUUUGAUGAAAAAAACCGACAAACAAGUCGAAGUGAAAGACGAAGAUACAAAAAAAUUUCAAGACAACGACAGUGCUGGUCAAUCAAGAUUAACCAUGACGCCAGCAGAGUAUGAACAACAGAUACUGGAAUUGCGGGAACAAAUGACGUUGUUACAAGCGGGAAUACAGCAAGUACGUGCAGGUGCGCAACAAGUAGCCCCAAGGGAAAAUCAAGAAAAUGGACAAAAUCCAGGUAAUCAAAAUGAUGUUCAAGCAACAAACUUUAAACUAUCUACGUUUUGGGUUAAAAAACCGGACUUGUGGUUUAUACAAGCUGAGUCAAAGUUUAGUAAAAAUAAUAUCAGGAGUGACAAAACAAAAUACGACGCGGUGUUAGAGAUAUUGGACGAAAAAGCUAUAGAACUGGUAUCAGAUGUCAUAAGAAAUCCACCAGAGGAGGACAAAUACAAGACGUUGAAAGAAGCGUUAGUAAAACGUACGACAGAUUCAGCUGAGAGACAAAUGCACAUAUUGCUGUCAGAAAUACAAUUAGCGGAUAAAAAACCGUCGCAGUUAUUGAGACAAAUGAAGGAGUUAGCGAAUGGUCAGGCGACAGAUGAGUUACUAAAAACAAAGUGGAUCGACUUGCUACCCGAAAAUAUACAAAUAACAAUGAGAGUGCUAUCAAAAAAAUCAUCGCUAGAUGACCUUGCGGACGCAGCUGAUACCAUGAUAGAAAACACCACAAGAGCAAUAUACAGCACCGACGUGAAUGCCAUUAAGACGACAGACAUUGAAAAACGAAUAUCAGGAAUCGAAAAGUGUAUGCAGGACUUGGCUGAUAUUUUGAAGAAUAACCACAGGUACAAACAAGCUCGUGGUCGUUCGGGAUCGCGGGACAGACAGCAGACAACUAGUGCGAACGGGAUGUGUUACUAUCAUGAUAAAUUUCGUGACAAAAGUUUCAAAUGCAGAGCUCCGUGCAACUACAAUGGUCCAGAUUUGCGUAAACAAGCGGAAAACUAAAAACGCUACCUUCAUCUGAGGCGGUGAAAGACAGCGUCAAUUCCGUUAAUUCAAAAACUGAAUACCGCCUCCAUGUAUAUGACAAAGCAACUAAUUUUAAAUUUCUCGUAGAUUCCGGAUCAGUAGUCUCAAUUAUUCCAAGGACGGCAGUAAGAGGAAAAUUAAACAGCGCCGAUUUGAUCUUAUAUGCAGCGAACAAUACUGCGAUAAAAACGUAUGGCGUUAAAUGGCUCACAGUUGACCUAGGGCUGAGGAGAGCGUUUAAAUGGCCAUUCAUCGUGGUUGACGUCAAAUCAGCAAUAAUAGGGGCAGAUUUUAUUGCUAACCAUGGGAUAUUGAUUGAUUUAAAGCGACAGCAACUCUUGGACCCAAAGACAAAUUUAACGAGGAGUGGAAUAUUUGAAAAAACAGAAAUACAUAGUAUUUCAACAGUUGAAUCAAGUGAGAACCCGGUGAAAUAUGAAGACGAUUAUUUUAGGAAGCUGUUGAAUGAAUUUAUCGAUGUGACAAAGCCAUCAGCGAGAAAUAUUAAAAAGAAUAAAAAUGUAGAGCAUCAUAUCCCGACAGUGGGACCACCGAUAGCAGAACGUGCCAGGAAAUUAGCUGGAGAAAAAUUAAAAGCGGCCAAGGAGGAGAUAGACAUGUUGCUAGCUUUGGAAAUAAUCAGACCAUCAAAAAGCGAAUGGGCAAGCCCGCUCCACAUGCAGAAGAAAAGUACAGGUAA